AUGACUAUGUUUUAUAUCUUUUUGUCGUCACAAUAAAUAUUGUUCGUAAACCCUAAAUAGGACAAUUGUCGUUUCAAUAUGUCGUUUGAACCUUUCUGCGAGCCAUGUACAAGUGACAAUAAGCAAAGUCCCGCCAAAAACUGGUGUGUAGAAUGUGACGAAGCGUUGUGUUCUCAGUGUACUAAACACCACAAGCUAUCAAAAGCUACUAAAACUCACCACUUAAUGAAUUUUACUCAGAAGUCAGCAUGUCCAUCGGAUAUUACAAGUCUAGAAUGUGUCCACCAUACGGGAAAACUACUGGAGUACUUUUGUACCGAUCAUGAUGCCAUCUGUUGUCGUGACUGCCUAGCGAAGACACACAAAUCAUGUGACAGAACCGUGUCAUUAGAUACUGCAGCAGAGCAUGUUAAACAGUCAGAAGUUUUUACUGACUGCAAGGAAAGGUUGCGUGCUUAUUUAGAAUCAAUAGAUAGCAUUUUGAAAAACAGAGACAAAAACUUGAAUGAUAUACAGACAACCGGAAAAAUAAUAAUGACUGAAGUAAAGAGAAUAAAAGAAAAGCUUAUUCAACACAUCAAUGAAAUUGAGAAAACCAUGAUUAUAAACAUAAACACGAUGAUUGAAGAUGAAUCAAAAAGCCUUCGAAGCGAUCAUGAUCAAGUGCUAAAUUUGCGACAAACAGCUGAGUUAUACCAAAAAGACAUGACUUUUGUAACAGAAAAAGUCCCUGGAAAACAUUCAUUUAUUUUCAUCCGUAAAAUGAGUAAUAACAUUUUACAAAUAGAAGACGACCUACAGAUCAAACAUCAGAAUUUCAAGGAUGUUACUAUAGAAUUUCAAGAAUCCGAUGAAGUAUCAAAAGUAGAAUCGUUUGGAAAUGUGACAGUAAAACGACAACCUUCAUCCGUAUGCUUUCACAUAGAAAAACAACGACAGGCCCAGACUCUGUCAGUACAAACAACAUGUCAGACUUUUGAGUUAGAAAGUAAAAUUCAAUUUGAUGUUUCUGGUAAAAUCAUCACGGGAAUGACUUCUACUGAGGACAAGAAACUACUUUUGUGUGAUCGUGAAUGCGAUGAUGUUUUGGUGUACAAUGAAAUGAACCAGUACAUAACGAAAAUGCAUAUGUCAUCUUCACCAUGGGAUAUCACAGUCAUACCAAACAAACAAAUAGCUGUCGCCACUUUCAGUACAAGUAACAUUCAGUUUAUAGAUGUAAAAAAGCUGUCACCUGGUAAAGAAAUAACUGUAACUACAGAUAAUAUAUAUUUAAAAGGUAUUACAUCCACCUCAGACAAUAUCAUGGUUGGUGGAAGAGGCCAUAUUUACAUUCUUAACAUUGAAGGCAAAAAGUUAAGCGUUAUCAAAUGUCAGAGCCAAAGUAUAAAUUAUAUGUAUUAUCAAGAAACCAGAAAUCAGUUUUAUUGCGCGUAUGGGAAAAAUGUAUUUGGUAUUGAGCAAGAUGGGACACAAUCUGUUUCAUUCAGUAUCAAAGACGAAAAUCAGCAUAGAAGCAUAACAACCGACCGUCACAAUAAUGUAUACAUACUCGGACGUAAUACUGAAAAAAUCCAAGAUUACAUCAUAUAG